AUGACUUCUAGAAGGCCGAUGACUCGAUCUUUUUCUGGCAAUGGGAGGACAAGCAGCUUCAGUGAAGAUGAGGCUCCAUCUUUCAAUGGCCGCAAUACUUACCUCUCAAAUGUCCGGCCUGAAAACAGGUAUUCUCACUACAGGCCGGCGAGGAGCACGUUGUGCAGUGUCAUGGCUCAGCUGACUGAGGACAUACAGCCAUCUUUCGAGACCACCUUGAAGUCAAAGGCAGUCUCAGAGAACUGCAAUGUGAAAUUCACCUGUGUGGUAACAGGUUACCCAGCUCCAGAACUAAAGUGGUAUAAAGACGAUAUGGAAAUGGAUCGCUACUGUGGACUCCCGAAAUAUGAAAUUCGUCGAAAUGGAAAAACUCAUACCCUUCAUAUUUACAACUGCACUUUAGACGAUGCAGCCAUCUACCAAGUCUCAGCCAGCAAUAGCAAAGGUAUUGUCUCCUGCUCUGGUGUUUUGGAGGUUGGCACCAUGAAUGAGUACAAAAUCCACCAGCGCUUCUUUGCUAAGCUGAAACAAAAAGCAGAGAAGAAGAGAAAAGAUGCAGAGGAGCAGACCAAGAUGGAGAAUAAAGAAAAUGUUCAGAAAGCGAAACCGCUGAUUAGUCCAGAACACCCUCAGAGGAAACGGGCUGUCCCACCACCAGAGGAGAGGGAAGUAGCCAAAGAGUCUGAGGCUAUAGAGGAACUGGGAGCUACUGCAGAACCUAAUGGAAUUAGCUCAGAAAAUGAGGAAACAGCUUCUUUGGCAUCCCGGGACAGAGGUCUUGAGGACGAGACAGGUCCAUCAGACGAGACGUUGGCCACUAAAAGAAUAAAGAUGUCAAAUGGCGUAGAUGCUGGAAUUAAUAGUAGCCGAAGCCAUAUGAUGGGAGUUGGAGGUGAAAACUGUUAUGAUGGAGGAAUCAGUUUGGCACAGUUUUUGGCAGAGACUCUUCAGUCCCAGGCUGUGGAGGAAAAACAGAAUUCAUCUCAAGCCGAGAAAGAUAAAGAAGUGGAAGAAGCUGUUUUGUGUGACAAUCAAGAGAAAGAGAAGGAGCAAGAGGAGCUGCAAAAAAAGAGAGAAGAACAAGAAAAAGCUCUACAGGAGGAAUAUGAAAAAGAGAAAAGAAGAGAGGAAGGACUGGCCAUCAGAAGGGAAAAAGAAAGAGAAAGGCAACCCCAGGUGUCGCAUACAGCAGCCCAUGGCAAACAUGGCCCAGACAUCAAACAUCACAGCAAGGGCCAUAAGGAUCACGACCACCACCACAUCCAGACUUCCAUCUCCUCUAUGCUCCACUCAGUCAAGGACUUCUUCUUUGGUAAGAGUAAGAAAAGCACUCAUGGUCACACUGAGAAUGAAGAGGCUGAUUUUGAGCACUCAGUGGAGGCUCCUGAACCAGAAAUGCCACCGUCAUUUCAGCUGCAAGCAGAACACAGUCCAGACACGUUCAAACCUCCUACAGAGGAAGCUGCGCCUAUGGAAAUGGAUAAACCCAAAGAGCCUUCAGAAACUACCGUGGCUACAGAACACGAGCCACCAUCAGUAGAGCCAGAUACAUUUAAGUAUGAAAACCAUGCACAACACUCGGCCCUGCCACCAUCACAUGAACUGCCACAAGUGGAGUCCACAAGUCCGAGUGUGACAGAAAGUGAGGAUGCCAUGGAAGCCAUGGAGGUGUCUGUGGGGAUGGAGAGCAGCAGUGCAGGUGAAGAAGUGCCACUGCCCAGGCUUGAAUUUGUCACAGAGGCUGACUUUAAAGAUAAAGACUCUGAGGUGGUCUCGGUUAUCAAAGAGGUUCACGUCACUGAGCAAGAGCCAGAUUCACCGCAGCAUAAUCAGCAGGCUGAGAGAGAUGAGUCUGUUCCAGAGGAUGAUAAGUCUGCCUUGCCACAGACCCAAGACUUGGCUGAUAAAGAAGGGGGCACCCCCACGCCCACCCUCACCAGCUUGGGAGAAUGCUGGACUCCCCCUCACGGCAUCGUCUCAGCAGCGGAAAGCCACAGUCCUGGAGAAACGCCCACUGAAACUUUGCAAGAAGAGGGGAAGCAAGGUGAAGUUGACAUGGAGGAGGCUAGUUCUUCUAAUGAGUUACAUGAGGAAGAGAAAGUCGAAGUGAAAUCAAAGAAGCAGGGAUUUUCAGGUAUAAACGGGUCUGAGAUGACUAAAUUGUCAACAUCUUCUCUGGAAAGCCAAAUAGAGGCAUGCGAAUCUAAAAAGCCUGAUCAGAAAGGUAUGCAGAAAGAUGAUCACAUUUCACCUACGGAGAAAGUAGAAGACGUUGCACAAUUAGACGGCAAGACAGAAAAUACACACGUGGAAGGGAGAGAAGAGCCCCCUCAGAUGAGCUAUGCAUUAAUUCCUGUUAUAAAUGUUUCAUUCACUGAUGAUAAGGAGGGUGAUGCAUGUGUAAACAACCAUGUGUCAGACACAAAGCAGGCUGUUGAAACUCCAAAGGGGCCUUUGUUCGUGGUACCACCAAUUUCUGUCACUUGUCAUGAAAGUGAUCUACCACAAUUCAGCCUGCCCACUUACACUGAGCCGACAGAAAUGGAAACUUCAGCUGACACGCAAAGCGGAACAAAGAAUGACAGUGACAAAAAUGAGGCUGUGAAGCCUGAAAGUGCUCAAAAUAGAAGACCUAACUUUGACGAAAGAAGUGUCAAAGAGAACACUCCCACUGUGCUAUAUGAAGCUCUGAAACCAAAAGUCGGUGACAGUGUUUCGUUAUUCAGCAAAACAACAGUGGACGUCCUUGUCCCUGAAACUUUGAAACUCAAAUCCCUCAAAGAUGCCAAGACAGAGAAUUCAGUGUCAGUUGAAGAACCCCAAAAAAACAGAUUUUCUGUUGAGAGACUCAGCUCCAAGCCCCCGACAAGUCCAGCUAGUCUCCGCAAAUUAAUAUCCAAAGCUGCUGCAGACUCAGACAACGAGGCUGCGGCAGCUGAAGAUCUAAGCGGAGGGUCUACACCAACAUCAUCCCUUUCCUGUGAAAGCAGUCCCCGAAUGAAACGCAGAGACAGUCUAACUCUCAUACGCUCUGCCACGCCUGAGGAGUUGGCCUCUGGAGCUCGUCGCAAAAUCUUCAUCCCAAAACCUAAAGAAGACAUAGAUGGGACACUAGCACUAGAUACUCAAGGGAAGAAGGAGUCCCCUUACAUGUCACCCAGCCAGGCCCGCAGGGCAUCGUUACUGCAGGCUCAAAAAACCCCACCAAUCGAGAGACGCUCCCCGCUGCUGAAUCGCCGAAAGUCCACCUUGGAGGUGCCCAAAGUGGUGGGGGAGACUCCCACAGAAGAGCCGGCCAGCACCAAACGAGAGGAGAAACCUGCUGAAAAAAAGAUAGACCCUUUGAAAGCUCCACAGGUUAUCCGUAAGAUGCGGGGAGAGCCAUUCCCAGAUGCCUCUGGACACCUGAAGCUUUGGUGCCAGUUUUUCAACGUGCUCGGCGACUCCACCAUUAAGUGGUACAGAGAUGAGGAAGAAAUUCUAGAGGUGAAAAGAAGUGGAGGAGAUGAAAGCCAAGUAGCACUGGCAAUUGUUCUCGCGUCCAACCAAGACUGUGGUGUAUAUGGCUGCACAAUCACUAAUGAAUACGGGACGGACAGUACUGACUUCCUCCUCAGUAUAGACAUUAUGUCUGAAAUACUGCUAAAAGAUGAUUUGGAAGUUGGAGAAGAGAUAGAGAUGACCCCGCUCCUGUUCACCAAAGGCUUGGUCGACUCUGGCACUUGGGGUGACAAGUACUUUGGUCGGAUCAUGACAGAGAGGUUGCACCUUGGGGAGGGCUGCAUGCACAAAACCAGCCAGGUGAAGGUCAUCUAUGGCCUGGAUCCCGUCUUUGAGUCCGGAAGCACUUGCAUUAUUAAAGUUCGAAGCCCCAUCGCUUAUGGGACCAAACAGGAGAGCAACCUUGCAGAGAGAAAUCUAGAAAUUACUAAGCACGAAUGCAAAGUCCAAAACAUGAUUCGAGAAUACUGCAAAAUCUUCUCAGCUGAAGCAAGAGUUAUUGAAAACUUUGGGCCUUCACUAGAAGUGAUUCCUCGCUAUUUGAUGUACCGGCCAGCAAAUUCUGUGCCGUAUGCCACAGUGGAGGCUGAUCUUACUGGUUUAUUCCUUAAGUAUUGCACAAUGGAUGCUAAAGGGAAACUGGUUAUGCAAAAGAUUUCUGAGAUAGAGCAGAAAUGCUGCAGCUUCCAGCACUGGAUCCAUCAGUGGACACAUGGCAAUUUGUUGGUCACUCAGCUCGAGGGUGUUGAAACAAAGAUUACAAAUGUGAGAGUUGUCACCAAGUCAAAAGGAUACCAAGGAUUAACUGAGUGUGGCUCACCUGAGGUGUUCAACCAGUUCCUGACACUCCAUCAGUGCAACUACUACUGCGGGCUUCUUGGCCUGCGCCCGCUUAAGACUAUGGACAGUCUGCAGCAGCCCGCCAAAGCGAAGGGCUCAAAAAGCCCUCUGCUCAACCGCAAAGCGGGGUCUACCAGCCCACAGCUCCAGCGAAAAGGACACAGCCCUCAAAUUGCUAGAAAAGCUAAUUCUAGCCCAAAGGUGACUAGAAAGGGUCAGGAGACAGAGGACAAUAAAUCAAGUGCAAAACCAAAGCCAGCAGAAAUUACUGAUGCCACUGUUGAAAAAAGGUAG